GUGCGGUGUCCGCUCUCUAGUGUGUAGCGCUCUGAUUACAUCAUCAUUGGGCGCCGUGACAUUUUAAGUCACGUGAUUUGUUGACAGGUGGUGCCGGUCGGAAAGCACCGGCUCUAAGAACAUGCUGCGAAUCGUUAGGCGGGCGGGGAGCCUCCUGCGGGUAAUUGGCAAUAUAUCUUCUUACCUAACCACACCCACUGAGCUGCCUACACUCACCUACCUACCCACCCUCACUCACUAAGCUGCUUACACUCACCUACCCUCACUGAGCUACCUACACUCCCCUACCCUCACUCACUGACCUACCUACCUACACUCACUGUCCUAUCCACACCUACCUACACUCACCUACUCUCACUGACCUACCUACACUCACCGACCUACCUACACUCUCCUACCCUGACUGACCUACCCUGACUGACCUACCUACACUCCCCUACCCUCACUGACCUACCUACACUCACCUACUCUCACUGACCUCCCCUCACUGAGCUACCCUCCCCUCACUGAGCUUCCUACCCUCACCUACUCUCACUGAGCUACCUACCCUCACUAGUACAGACCUAAACUGACCGUUAACGUAACCUCACUAUCCAACCACUUAAAGGGACACUACAGGCACCAUAACAACUUAAUGGGUAAGAGUCCUAUGACCAUCCACUUCUGUUCAAUCCAGAAAGCACUGACUGGGUGCUGCUAAUGGGCUGAGUGCAUCAGUAGCUCUUCAUUCGCAAACCAGAGUGUUAAAGAACCUUUUAACAGGUUCCCGGUACAAGGGUUCCUGAUUUGAGUCUUCGGACAUAAACAGAAGUUGAUGUGCAGCGCUGACAGGUUGCCGCACAGAAGACUCUGCAAUGAAACCAUUUAACAUUUUUAUAUCCCUGCAGAUAAGCUGCCGCCAUGCACCAUAACAACUUAAUUACAACGCAAGUAUGGUGCCCAGAGUGAAACUUUAACAAUAUAUGCCCUUACUGACGCUCUUCCCCUCGCUGUUAGACUUUCAUCCAGUCUCCACUCCCUUAAAAAAAAUCUUUGAAAACGUACUUCUUCUGGAAAGCAUAUCACUUAAACUGUGAAUAGCUUUCUCUCCCCGCACCCUGAUUCCUCCCCUGAAACGGUCAUCAAAACAACACUAAGCCCUCUGUGAAUACUUUCCUAGCAACUUAUUUUUCUACCCUACCCUUUCCUUUUGUGUCACAUUACCCACUCCCUCUAGCAUGUAAGCUCACUGAGCAGGGCACUCAAUCCCUCUGUUCCUGUGCGUCCUACCGUCUGGUUACAAAUACGUGUCUGUUAAUCCAUCCAUAGUACAACGCUGCGGAACUUGAUGGCGCUUUAUAAAUAUAAAUAAUUUUAUCUCACCAGCUAACCCACCAUCGACCGCAUAUAAUUAAACAGACACACACACGUACUGACCAUUUGAAAUAACUCUACCAUCCAACUUGCACUCAAUGAUAUAUAUACCCUCAGUGACAAACCCACAUUUAACUAUACAUUCUCACUGGACAUUUAUAUGCCUCACUUCCAAAUCAUGUUUAAUAGUAUAUUCUCUAACGGACUAGCUACUUUGGUCACUUUAGUGAAUAACCCUGUUAUAUUGACCACAGUUUGCAUCCGGUUUGAUCUGGAUGUAUAGCGGCCAAUGUCUGAAAUCAUUAUGUAACUGAAUGUGUUUGUAGUAGAGCUUUACACUGUUUGUACAGACUACAACGAUGUAUAUAUUCUUGCAGGUUAAUGGAAUUAGUCUAUAAUACCCUCACAUACAAUAUUCUCUUCUCUCUCCAGAGCCCUCACAUACAUGCAACAAAUCCGUGGAAUAGUGAAUUGCAGAGAUGUUUGGCCUCUGGCCUCCCUAUGAACACUCUGGUUCUCUUUGUACCCCAGCAGGAAGCUUGGGUAGUAGAGAGAAUGGGGAGAUUUCACCGUAUCCUGGAGCCUGUAAGUUACUUGUAGUAAUGUGUGUAGUAUCAGUCAUUCAGAGCUUCAUGUACAUUAACGCUAUGUAUUUGUGUAGAUUAAUGUGAAUAAAAUUAAUGUUUUUUUCUAGGUAGCUUAUCUUUUUUUAAAACCUGUAAGAUAUUUCCAUGGCUUAAUUAACUAAUUCAUCAAGCCGUUUAUAUUGUAGACAUAUAUAGGAGUUAUUAAACGAGCAGUUGACUAUCUGUAGCUGUUACAUACAUUUAUAAAUACAUAAUGCAGCAAUUGUAGUGUGUGGGGAGUCCCUUCCUUCAACCAAAACUUAUAAAAUAAAGAAUUGGGCCUCUGGCACAGCUGACAGGGUUAAAAACAGAAUUUGUUCAUUAGCUUAAAGGACCACUAUAGUGCCAGGAAAACAAACUCUUUUUCCUGGCACUAUAGGGUCUUUGGGUCCCCCCCCCCCACCCUCUGGGUCCCACUCCCGCCAGGCUGAAGGGGGAGGAAGGGGUUAAUCACUUACCUUUCUCCAGUGCUGGGCUCCCUUGGCGCUGGGGAUCUCUCCUCUCUCUUCCGACGUCAUCUGCUGAAUGCGCAUGUGCAGCAAGAGCCGCGCUCACAUUUAGUCAGUUCAUAGGAAAGCAUUUCUCAAUGCUUUCCUAUGGACGGCAGCAUCUUCUCACUGUGAAAUUCACAGUGAGAAGCACCUCUAGCGGCUGUCAAUGAGACAGCCACUAGAGGCUGGAUUCUCUGAAACUAUGUUUACAGCUGCAGGGUUAACCCUAGAUGGACCUGGUACCCAGACCACUUCAUUAAACUGAAGUGGCCUGGGUGCCUAUAGUAGUCCUUUAACCCCUUAAGGACACGUGACAUGUCAUGAUUCCCUUUUAUUCCAGAAGUUUGGUCCUUAAGGGGUUAAAGUUGUUUUGCUUUUUUUCUGAUAUCUUUGUGAAUGGAUAUGCAAGACAUGUGCCAGGUGUGAGAAUGAUGUAACCAAUGGGCAAUUAGUAUAUCCUUCUAAAGCAUAAGUAUGAAUAGGACUGUAGUAUCAUAUUUAAACUGCAUGUAAAUAGGUUUGUAUUUAACAAUGAUUGAUUCUAUGUAGACAUACGUUGUGCUUAGUGAAAUAUUUUGCGUUAUUUAAUUAUAAAUGUCACUAUUUACUUGUAUAUAUUCCUUUGGAAGCCGUAAGUGUAUGUGCUGAAAUAAAUCGCUCAGAUCUCAGUGUUUUCACUUGAAUCUGUGUAAAGUCCACCUAAAACUGUCACUUUGUGGUCCUUAUAACAGUCCUAGCAGUUUAGUUUAAAUCUGCAUACAUGGCUGAUGUAAUGUGUAGCAAUGUUGCUUUGUAGAAAAGGAGGUAUAUAUCUCUAAUAACUGUUGGUUAAGGAAAUUGAACAAAGCUUCCUGGAAUAUAUACUAACCUAUCAUGCUGGAAAGCUAAAUUAAUAUCAAUCUGUGACAUGAUUAGUGACUAGAUGAACUAAUUCAGUUUUUAUAUGACAUAAUCUGUUUUCUAUGAAUACAAUUCACUGUAGUGCUAUAGGGAUUCUCGUAUUUAAAGUAGCAAUAUAAUUAGGAUAUUUUAUUUGUCUAAUCAGUAAUGCGAACUGUGCAUUUAGCUACUUUGUUACACAGUUGGCAUUUGUUUUCUCUUCUCUGUUCCUUCAUUUGAUGCCACUGGUUCACUCCAAGAAUUGUCUGUCACAGGAAAAUAGAUUUUAUGUCCAGCAUUUCAGGAAGUUACAUCGUUUUGUACAGUAAAUAACAUGUUGCCUUGAAUUUUAUAGGGUUUGAACUUGCUCAUUCCAGUGUUGGAUCGAAUUCGCUACGUGCAAAGCCUGAAGGAGAUUGUGAUUAAUGUUCCAGAGCAGUCUGCAGUAUCAUUGGGUGAGGACUAAUUUAUGCCAUUGUGAAACGAUUGUUUAAUAAGGGUCCCCUGGCCACUGGGUUAAAACCAGAAUUUGUGGAGUCUGCUUAAGCUGCUUUUCUUUUCUAACUAUGGCCUUGAGUUAAUAUUUUUGGAUACGAUUUCCAAAUAAUUUAAUAUUUUUGCAUAAACGUUUAAAAUAUAUAUAUAUUUUUUCAAAAUAAUGUAGAAAUAAAAAUAUAUAAUAAAAUAUUUCUCAAAAUUAUUAAAUCAUUUGAAAAGCUCUUCCAUAGAUAUUAAAUCAAGGUCUCUGUGUGAAUGGAUGGGAAAGGUGCUAAAAUGAUGUAACCAGUUGCCUAAAUCAGUGGACUGUAGCAUAUUGCCCAGACCAUAUAAGAGAAGGACAAAGUGUGGUAUCAGACUCUGAUUUUAACAAUAAAUGGUUAAAUGUAAGAGUGGCUACAUGCAAAAAAUAAUUCUGCUUGGUAGUGAGAGGUGCCCUUUAUCAGAGCCUGCAUUGACUCUGCCUUGGAAGCCACAUGUCUGCAAUACACCUUAGUGCUUUCUCUUUACUGCUUGUAGGGGAAAUAUUACCAACACCAUUGAUUAGUUGUGUGGCCUUUUAUUAAUACAUCUUGUGGGAUUGCAGGUUUCAUAUAAUUCAGAGUUUGUAUAGUGCAUUCAUGGAAUAAUUAAAAAGGCAUUUGUGAGCUAAAUUAUUUGAUUUAAUAAAAUAUUGUCUGGUGUUGUGUCAAAUAUCAUUAUUUGGUGCUGGGCCUAUCUUUGAUAAAGCUAGAAUUCCAGAGACGUCAUAAGUCACUAUUUUGUUAUUGUUGUGCAUUAGCAGGUUUUGACAGGUUUUCUUAAUUUUUGCAGACAAUGUGUCUUUACAGAUAGAUGGGGUGCUGUAUCUCCGGAUCAUGAAUCCCUACAAGGUACAACUUUCUUUUAUAUAGAGAUUUUGUAGCGGAAUUUCUAAUCAUCAUGUAAACUGUGUUUGCAAAGGUUUAUAUUUUAAACAUGUACUCGGCUAAUCAAAUGUUUUGUUUCUCCAAUUUAUUUAGUUUUUAUUGACUGUUUUUCUUAUUUGUGCUGUUUUUUUUUUGUUUUUUUUUGUUUACUUAUUUUGUAACCCCUUAAGGACACAUGCCGGAAAUAUUCCGUCAUGAUUCCCUUUUAUUUCUAAAGUUGUGUCCUUAAAGGGUUAAGUGAGUAAUCCUAUUGUAAUGGACAGAAAUCUUAAAUAAAAGAUUUCAGAUCUGCAUGUGAAUAUACCAAGUAAUAUUGCCUCAAAUCUACUUCUUUUGAGGGUAAAUAAUCCACCAGAAAUCUCAAAAUGCUGCAAUCCCAUCACACUGAUUAUGAAAAAGCCAGUUUUUAAGAUCCGUAUGAGUACCAUACAAUGUGUUGGUCUUUUUUUUAAAUGCAGAAGUUAAGUAUUUAAUGUAAUUGACUCAUUAUUUUAAUACAGGCAAGUUAUGGGGUGGAAGAUCCAGAAUACGCUGUGACUCAGCUUGCACAGACCACCAUGCGUUCUGAGCUGGGCAAGCUGACAUUGGAUAAGGUCUUCAGGGUGAGUUUUCACUGAUCUCUGCAACUUCAAAGUCUCAGAUGUGUCUCUCACAAAGGGACACUGUAGGCAUUAAAACAACUUUAGCUUAAUGAAGCAGUUUGAGUGCAUAGAUCAGUUACUGUUGUCUCCCUGGUCAAUACUCUGCCAUUUAAGAGUUAAAUCACUUUUGUGUUUAUGCAGCCUUAAGAACACCUAAAUGGCAGAGAAUUUAACAGUUCCACUACAGUACACUGUCUGUACAUUAAAAUCUCUUCAAGCACAAUUUGAUGCUUAGUGGACCACUCCAAUAUCUGUAAUUUCUGUAGUGGUUAUAGUGCCACAGUUCCUUGGCGCCCUCCCAGUAUAAGUAAUAAAACAGUUUGUGCUGCUGGAAGUCCUCUUAGCUAGUGAUACAAUACACCUUCAUUGAUAAACUACUUUAAAACGAUUAUAGGUUGUUUAUAUUAACUGUGACAAGUAGUUUUUAUUUAAUAUCUUGUUUUAUUAUUAACUCAUUUGCACAACAGAAAUUCAGAGAUGAUAUAUUUACAUAUUUUCUCUGUCAUCUAGGAAAGGGAGAACCUCAAUGCCGGCAUUGUGGAAGCUAUAAAUCAAGCAGCCGAUGACUGGGGUAUUAGGUGUCUUCGAUAUGAGAUUAAAGAUAUUCAUGUCCCUGCCAAGGUUCGAGAAGCCAUGCAAAUGCAGGUACGCUGUCCUCAAACAACAAUCACACUUGCUGUUUAAAUGAUUUAUUGAUGUGUGUAACCCAAACUUUCAUCCUGCCAAGGUCCAUAAAAUGACUACCAAAACAUUGGGUAAUAGCUAUGUGGGUUUUGCACAGACUGCAGAGUCUACAAGUAACUCCUGUACAUAAUGUCUUUUAACUUAAAGGACCACUAUAGUGCCAGGAAAACAUACUCGUUUUCCUGGCACUAUAGUGCCCUGAGGGUGCCCCCACCCUUGGGGUCCCCCUCCCGCCCGGCUCUUUGGAGAGGAAAGGGGUUAAAACGUACUUUUUUCCAGCACCGGGCGGGGAGCUCUCCUCCUCCUCUCCGCCUCCUCUCCUCCCAUUCGGCUGAAUGCGCAUGCGCGGCAAGAGCUGCGCGCGCAUUCAGCCGGUCUCAUAGGAAAGCAUUUACAAUGCUUUCCUAUGGACGCUUGCGUGUUCUCACUGUGAUUUUCACAGUGAGAAUCACGCAAGUGCCUCUAGCGGCUGUCAAUGAGACAGUCACUAGAGGAAUUGGAGGAAGGAUUAACCCAUUUACAAACAUAGCAGUUUCUCUGAAACUAUGUUUAUAAAAAAAAAUGGGUUAACCCUAGCUGGACUUGGCACCCAGAUCACUUCAUUAAGCUGAAGUGGUCUGGGUGCCUAGAGUGGUCCUUUAACAAAUGAGGCUGGGGACAUCAGGCUAUCUACUGGUUGGAUCUUUUCAAAACGCAAUGUUGGGUAUUUUGUUUUAGUGUAAUGCAAUGUAGUCCAAACACUGGUGAGCGAUCUGUAUAUUUUAAACAUGUAAGUGGUACAGCAAAACGUCAGCGACAAAUGAUAGAACUCACUCCACACCUGAAUGCUUUCCUACUUCAUGCUGUUUCUAUCUAUUCUUGUUGACGCAUAACUUAAAGUGACAUGAUGAUCAAUCUGAGUUUUGGAAAUGUCAGUGUGCACCUCCUCUUCAUUGAUGUUAAUGUGAAAUCGACAUAAGUAGAGAAUUUGUGGAGAUGGAAGCAAGUACAGUUUGAGAGUAUUUGUUUCCAAUCCCACUUUUUCUACACUUAAGCCCAAGCAAGAUGUCUACAAUAUGAAGAAAAAUCUUUUGCAUGCAAGUUAUUUUAAAGGGACGCUCCAUUGGCAUUUUUUUUUUUUCCUUUACUUUUGAUAGAUAUUAAUCUAAUGGAAUAAUGCAUGUGUUCUUUGGGGAGUGCAUCCAAAAGCUGCAGACCUGCUGUCUGCAGCCUUUGCAAGCCCUCCCCUCUGUCCCUUACUCAGAAUCAAUGAGAAUCUUCUCUGCUGGAGCUGUGAGCGCACACUCAUUUUCUGAUGCUUUUCAUUGAGGUGUAGUACAGCUCAUAAUGAAGGGGGGAAGGCAGAAGCACUCUAGUCCAUCUCGCCUACCAAUUCGGUUAGCUUUGUGUUGAUUGCGUAAGCUGGAGGGUUACAUUAAUGUCACAAAGAAAAAAAAAAAAAACAUUGGGCAUUUUGGUUGUUUUUUCAUCAGCACUCUAGUUGUGUGUAAAUUAUAUAAAACUAAAAAACAGUUAAUAGAAUUGCAGCAAUAGCAGAUUUGUCUUAAACUAGGUUGAAGCAGAGCGAAGGAAACGAGCCAUGGUCUUGGAGUCUGAAGGCACCAGGGAGUCUGCCAUUAAUGUGGCAGAAGGGCAGAAACAAUCCCAGAUCUUGGCCUCCGAGGGAGAAAAAGCUGAACAGAUAAACAGGGCUGCAGGUAAGUGUUUUCUGUACAGCAUGCUUAAUGCAUAGCAAACUUCCUACUGCUAUGGUCAUAUGGAAUAGAAUGCAUUGCGUAAAGAUUAUAAGAAAAAGAACAGAGGUAGACCCAACAAUUAGGUACACUAAGAAAAUGGGGGGGGGGGUAACCCCAGGUAGAAAUGAUCAAAAAAGAAAAAUAGUGUACCUACACAGUCUGAAAUAGAAAUCAGAAAUUAUGACUGACUGUCAAAUCUCAGAGAUAGUACUAGAUCAAUAAAAUACAUUUUUAAUUAUAACAAAUCUUAACAUGUGGUGAAUAUGCUUGUGUACAAACAGUGAACAUAUAAAAGGUAUUAGAAAACCAUACCCUGUUAAAAAUGCCUACUAGUAUUAUGAAUUAAUACAGCAAUGGGGGGGGAGUCAGAUUUAAAUUGCUAAUGGGUUCUAUAGCUGGAUCUCUAACGUACUCAGUGUAUAGAAUUCUGUUAGUGCUAACUCUUCAAGAUAUAAACGGAGACUUGUCAGGAUGCUGAUAGCUGCACAAUCAACUAGCUAUACUUCAAAUCCUACAGCUAGCACUCCCCCCUGUGCCCUCAAGGGCACCUGCCACUAUUCCCACUAAGCAAGUGCCGAUAUGAUAAGGGAUUCUGAUGAGCCAGGUCAGGCGAAACAUGCGCGUCAGGGGUUCCUAGCGUGCUGUUUCUAUAAUUCAGUAACCAGCAGUUGAAUUUGCGACCGAGCUAUUUGAUUUAUUAGUUUAUUUAUUUUCUUUUAUUAAUUCAUCUUUAUUUAAUUUUUUCUACUAUCAUAGCACUUGCUUAGUGGGAAUAGUGGCAAGUGCCCUUGAAGGCACAGGGGGAGUGCUAGCUGUAGGAUUUGAAGUAUAGCUAGUUGAUUGUGCAGCUAUCAGCAUCCUGACAAGUCUCUGUUUAUAUCUUGAAGAGUUAGCACUAACAGAAUUCUAUACACUGAGAUCCAGCUAUAGAACCCAUUAGCAACGUAACCCCCCCACCCCUCUCAUGAGUCUUUGGACUGCCUUCUCUGCCUGCCAAACGAUUUAGAUGUCUUCUCUGCCUGUUACAGAUUGAUAUGUAUAUGGUAUUUUGUGAGUAAUAAGUGGAACACUAAUGGACAUAAUACUAGUAGGCAUUUUUAACAGGGUAUGGUUUUCUAAUACCUUUUAUAUGUUCACUGUUUGUACACAAGCAUAUUCACCACAUGUUAAGAUUUGUUAUAAUUAAAAUUUAUUUUUUUAUUUUAUUGAUCUAGUACUAUCUCUGGUAGCAACUAGUCUAGUAUCUCUGAGAUUUGACAGUCAGUCCUAAUUUUGCAUUGCGUAAAGAUGUGUCCAUGGGAAUCCAGAAUCUCACACAUCGCAUAUCCUUGUAAGUAAUCACAUUGUGGAUGUUGACGGUAAGUAGGCAAGUUAAUUCCAUGAUUUUCUUGCUAUAAUGUUAAUUACCUAAGACUUCCCUCCACCAUUAAACACACACAACCCUUGUUUGCGUACAUGUGGUUAAUGCUUCUCCUUCAUUCUAAAACCUCACAUGGGGUUUGUCUCAAAGAUAAAUAGCUAUCUAUAUUAAAUUAGUGAAGCACUGUCAUUAUUUACUAAAACUUGGUGUGUUGCAGCUCUAUACCUGGACUCCCACAAAUAGGAAGCUGUUAAAGGAUACUACAUGCAUCAAACCACUUUAGCUUAAAUAAGUUUUAGUGCACAGAUUAUGCCCCCACAGUCUCAUUGCUCAAUUCUCUGCCAUUUAGUUAUCACUUUUGUUUCUGUUUUUGCAGCCCUAGACAAACCUUCCCUGGCUGUGACUAACACAGCCUGCAUGAAAAUUGUCAUUUUGAAUCAGAUGUUCACUCACUUUAGAUGUUUUUAUCUCCUGCUCUAUAAAUUAAACUUUAAUCACACAUGGGCUCCUGCAGGGUCUAGGAGGCUAUUACUUGAGCAAGAGAUGAGAAAUUCUAGAUUAAAUAGACUGUGCAAUACAGGAACCUAGAAUAUCUAGGUUGAUUUUCAGAAAGUAUUCAAGAAGGCUGUGCAAGUCACAUGCAGGUAGGUGUGACUAGGGCUGCAUAAGCAAAGUGAUUUAACUCCUAAAUGGCAGAGAAUUGAGCAGUGAGACUGCAGGGGCAUGUCCUAUACACCAAAACUGCUUCAUUAAGCUAAAGUUGCUUUGGUGACUAUAGUUUCCCUCUUAACAUCAUAAUGAACCUAUAUCAAAAGAGGCUAAUGACCAAAAGUGAGGUGGUUUAAUACAGAAAUACCAGGAAUGCAGCAUUAAACAUCACCUUACCAGCCAUGAAGAAAUUGGCAGCAUAAUAUUGCUUCAAAGUGCUGCUUUAUAGGGUUUAAUGACGGAGGGCUGUGCAGCUGAUUUUUUUUUUUUCAGAACUAGCCUUUACUGUUUCCUACAUAUACCUCCUUGCAGAGUACCCAUCACAUUUUCUUUCUCUUCCAUUAAAAGCAUUAUCUUGCCAAGCGAAUUGUCACUUUUUGUUAAUAUUUAUAAUGCUGAAAAGGAACACUAUAGGUACCAUAACCACUGCAGUGGUAAAUGGUUUGGCUGCUUACAAUAAAGGGAUGCCAGAGCAUUCCUGGCACCAUCACCACUACAGCAUGCAGAAGUUGUUCUAAUACUUGGAGUGUUUUAAGUUUUGUAAAAACAGAUUGUACAAUUUAUCUCCAAGGUGAGGCCAGCGCUAUUCUUGCACGAGCAAAGGCGAGAGGGGAGGCGAUACGUGUUUUGGCAGAUGCUCUGACGCAGCAGGUAAUAUCUGGUUCCAAACAAGACAAUCACCUCUCAAGUGAUCAAUACAUUGCAUCUAUCUCUGCUGUAAAUUUAGAAGAAUAAUUGACCUAAAUGUACGUAAUGUUUUCUUUUUUUCUUCUUUUCAGAAUGGAAAUUCUGCCGCAUCUCUUACUGUAGCUGAACAGUACGUAGCUGCCUUUUCCAAACUGGCGCAGGAGUCCAAUACUAUUCUUCUCCCAGCUAAUACAGGAGAUAUCCCCAGCAUGGUAACCCAGGUAAGGUGAUAUUUGGAUAUUGACGUUAGUUUGCUGGAACCUGGACACUGCUGAGUAUGCCGGCAGGAUUGGCUAGAUUGUGAAGGGCUGAUAAUCCGAUUGAGCAUUUGUGGCAUGUGCUUGAACAACAAAUCCGAUCCAUGGAGGCCCCACCUCACAACUUGUAGGUUUUAAAGGAUCUAAUGUUAAUGUCUUGGUUCCAGAUACCACAGGACAUGUUUAGAGGGCUUGUGGAGUCAAUUUCUUAACAUAUCAGAGCUGUUUUGGCAGCACAGAGGGAACCUACACAAUAUAAGGCAGGUGGUUGUAAUGUUGCGGUUGAUCAGUGUAUAGACAAGACAUUUAUUUUUUAUAAACAUAAAGAUCUGCUUUUGUGCUGUUUCCCAAAUGGUAUUUUCUGAUCACUAUUUGCAUUGAAAUGACAUGUAUUGGUGUUGCAGUAAAAUGUUUAAUAACGUUUGAAGACAUAUCUGAAUCUGUCUCUUAUUAUAGAUAAAAAUCUAUGACAGACCAGGAGUGACUUUUUCAUGCUGCCUAGCUCAGUGUUUAAUAUUCAGACUUUAGGGGAUCUGUUCUAGCAUUGUAAGACUUGCUUGAGUAAUAUUAGCUGUUACUUAAGGGUUUUUUUUUACUCUUUAUCUUUGUAGGCAAUGGGAAUUUAUGGCACUUUGACCAAAAACAUACCCCCAAAAAAUAAAGAACUUGGCCACGACAACACAAGGGAAACAGAUGACCUCCAUCAGAGCUAACCGAAAAAUCUUGUAAAAGCCCCCCAGUGGAUCAUCAGCUGGAAAACACAGACCAUUACCUCAAUACUAAAUUUCCAGCUUCCAGAUUUUUUUUCCCCCUCUUUUGUAUCAUCAGCUGUUAAUUAUGUAAUAAACCUUGAAACCAAGCUUUAAUAUUAUUCUCUGGUGCAAUAUUGUGGUUGGUGUCUUAAUUUAACAUGGAUCAACAAAAAUCAACCACGAGGAGGUGUGUGUCGCAGUUUCAUCUCAG